AUGGCCCCAGUUCAAGAUCAACCGGAUGAAAAUAUCUCAUGGCGUAUCCUGGUUGGCACAAUUGUCAGCAUUGUCCCGGCUACUAUUUGUGUGAUCUUGCGGUUUAUUGCCCGCCAUGUCGCCUGUGCUGGCCUAUGGUGGGAUGACUAUACCAUUGCAGUAUCCCUAAUCCCGCUGUAUGAUUAUGGUCGUCACGCUCAGUACGUGUCAGCUGAAAAGGUCAAGGGAUUUGGAAAGAGUUUUAUGGCGGUCCAACUUGUAUACUUCACCAAUGCCGUCAUUACCAAGGCAUCGCUGCUGCUUCUCUUCCACCGCAUUUUCGGUGUCGUCAGAGGCUUUCGUUGGAUCCUCUGGGUCUCUGCCUUUCUGGUCGUUGCCUACUUUAUCGUAUGCUCAAUUGUUUCAAUCGUGGGAUGUUCUCCCGUGUCUAAGUCAUGGGAUAAAAGCCAGCCGGGCCACUGCAUUGACGAAGUAGCAUUCUUCCGCUGGAAUGGCGUGGGGAACAUGCUCCUCGAUUUCCUGGUGCUCUGUCUUCCAUUUCCGAUGGCCUGGCGGGUAAACACAACAAUCCGACAAAAAUGCAUUCUAACCGGGAUCUUCCUACUUGGUGGCUUUGUCUGCGUCGUCUCAAUUCUCCGCAUUGUCAGUUUCGAAUCAGCAGCCCUUAAUGAUCCUACUUUUACUAGUGUCGGUCCGGAAACUUGGUCCUCGGUUGAGCAAUCUGUCGGGAUAAUGUGUGCCUGUCUUCCAACGCUUCGACCUCUCUUCCGACGGCUCUAUGGCCCACCAAGAACACCCUCGGAGAGAGUCAGCUCUGCUCCUGAUUCCCAGAAUAAGACUUCACGAUCUAGCCGAAUGUCGACUGUUGAUGGAGAAAGCAGCAUUGUUGGCUUUGCUCCAUCGUCUUCGCGGCAACAGCACGAGCGUCGUUCUUCCUCGCUCCAGCUAGACGAAUUCCAAGGUACUUAUCGUAGCCCAACGUCUGAUGAAACUCGUGACCGUCCUAUUUCGCAGUCUACACAGAUAAGUGGAAUAAACAAACCUGUUUCUACAGCAGGGUCGUUUGCUUAA